AUGACUUUCCAUCGAAUCUGUAUCACCAUGACAAAAGUAUUCAUUACUGGAGCCUCUGGGUUUAUUGCCCAACAUAUUGUAAAGCUUCUUGUUUCCAAAGGCUACGAAGUCAUCGGCACGGUUAGAUCACUGGCAAAAGGUGCUCAAUUGUCACAACAAGCUGAAAAAACACAGAUCAACAACAACAAGAGCGACCCAAAUGUGACCAGUGGAAGUUUCACGUACGUUGUAGUUCCCGACAUUGCAGCUCCCAAUGCUUUUGACAAGGCACUUGAACAGCACCCAGAUAUCACAUAUUUGAUCCAUACAGCCUCCCCAUUCACUUAUGAUACAACUGACCCGGAAAAUGAUCUUGUUCUUCCUGCAAUCAAUGGUACCCGCAACAUUCUUGAAUCUGCUACAAACAAUUGCCGCAGCUUAAAGAAGAUAGUUUUGACAUCAUCGGAUGCUGCAAUCUAUUCCAACAUUGCCGAACGAAACAAUCAAUUAAGCUUUAACGAGGAGAGCUGGAAUGAUGUAAAGUAUGAAGAUGCAAUUAAGGAUGCUGUUGGUGGUUACUAUGGUGCAAAAUCGUUUGCUGAGAAACUUGCAUGGGACUUUGUAGAUGAACAAAAACCAAAUUGGGAUUUGGUCGCGGUGAAUCCAAGUUAUGUGUUUGGACCUCAAGCAUACACUUGUGAUCCUCGCCAUUUGAACACUUCAAACGCGUUGAUUGGUGAUUUGUUGGAGAAAAAGGAAGGUCGCGGCAGUUCCGAGUUUGAGAAUGAGAUUGGUGGGUACAUCGAUGUGAGGGAUGUUGCCCAAGCCCACGUUUAUGCAAUGGAGGACGUCGACAAAAAAUGUAUUGGUAAGAGAUUAUUUUUGAACAAUGGUCAAUUUAGUGUUCAAAUGAUGCUCGAUGUGAUAAAUGACAAAUUUCCAGAGUUAGGUUUGAUUAAAGGUCUGCCAGGUAGUGGGGUCAACGAUAUCAAGGUACUUGCAAAAGUCGAUAAUAGUGCAACCAAAACCAUCUUGCCUUGGCAGUUUAUGAAAUUGGAUGAAAUUGUUGUUGACACCGUGCAACAAAUACUCGAUUAUCAGAAUGUAAAAAAUGUUCUAUGA